AGUUUUCGCUUUGACAGAACGGAGUGCAGGUGUACUCCGUUUAUGUUAUUGUGUUACUCAAAAUCCAACAGUAGUUUGCAUUAUUUGUAGGCAUUUUUAUGAGUCCAUUUAUUGACAAAAUUGGAGGACAAGCAGAAAAUUAUGGAGAAUAAGAGAUGACGCGAGGAAGUCGGUUUUGGAAGGCGAGAAGUUAAAAAUUGAGCUAAUGAAAUAACAGAGUGGGAAGAUAUCAUAGUUGAAAAGGGCUGGGAUCCGUUAUAUUAGGGUCAGAGAUAUUGUCUGGUGCAAUUUGAGUUCACUCUGACAUUCAUCAGUGGUAAUAAUGGAUGGACCUUGCCUAGUGGAAUCUAUCAUGACACCUAUGCAAAAAUUGCGAGGACUUAAAGACGUAAAGUGGAUGAAUUCCCGGGCCACAACGAAUGAGGCUUACACACCAACCUGCAUAGAACACUGCGCCAAUAUAAUGACCCAUGGAAUUUGGAUUGUACCAGCAUUACUCGGUAGCAUUGAAUUACUGAGAAGAUCCAUAACGUCAACUCAACUGAUUUCAGCAUUGGUCUAUGGCAUUGCUCUUCUCCUCCUGUUCUUAGUUUCAACUUCAUUCCAUACGAUGCAUUACUGCAAUCACAAACAAUGGAAAGACGUUCUCCAUCGAUGCGAUCGUGCCAUGAUAUACGUAUUCAUUGCUGCUACAUACUUUCCAUGGUUGAUGGUCGAGGAUUUCCCUGAUAAUGAAAUUGUACCAACAAUGAGGUAUUUGGUAUGGAUUAUGGCAACCAUUGGGAUUCUGUAUCAACAAAUGUUUCAUGAGAAGUACAAAAUGUUAGAGACUAUUUUUUAUCUUAUUAUGGGUGUUGGCCCCAGCAUCGCUGUUAUUACAGUGAAUAAAUUUGACAAUAUCAGAGAACUCAAGACUGGGGGAUUCAUCUACAUAGCUGGUAUCAUAUUCUUUAAAUCUGAUGGGAGGAUACCCUGUGCUCACGCAAUCUGGCAUAUAUUCGUGACAGUGGGUGCUGGAUUCCACUAUUACGCUAUUCUCAAUCAUCUCUACCCGUUCGUCCAGAAUGAACAUCCAACUUUACCUCUGAUCGACUGGCUAGAAUCUCAUAGCGAAUUAUAAUAGCAAAUAUUAAUUUAGCUAAUUCACGUUCGAUUCAUUGUUUUAUAAUGAAUUUCAACAAAUGAUUGAUAUUGAAGCAAUUUAUUCCUUACCACCAAAGAGAACGAUUUCGGUAGGAUUGUAAAUAAUCAAAAAGGAAUAAUGAAUUUUUAAGAAUAAUUUAUAUACAAUAAGAAUGAUUUAUGAUUUAAGCUCAUUUUUUAAAAGCAAUAGUUAAAUGAGAGGAAUAGAGUCUGGAAGAUGUGAUUUUUAUCGAGUCAUACUAGUAAUUUUGGAAUUAUCCGAAUCUCAUGAAAAAUAAUGAUUUCAUAAUUUAUUUUUCAUUCAGUACCUGACACGUAAAAAAUGCGAGAUAAAAUCUUGGCAAUUUUUGGCAAUCUACUCAAUUAAUGAAAGGAACUAAGUGUAUUCCUUGUGGGAGCAACGGAGGCAUCUAGUAUAAGGCAAGUUAAUCUGAUGUUUUUCCAAUUUUACUCAAUAACCUCAGUGUUCUAUUAAGUUAUUGACAUGUAUCCUAAAUUGAAAUCAUUUAACGUUUGCCAAUUGUAAAUAUUUAGGAUAUUGAUGUAUGUGCCAAAAUAUGAAUAUUGUGCCGUGCUGAUUUGAAGUCUUCGAUAAAAAAAUAUAUAAAUUUUUCAACUUAAAUAAUG